UGGUUGGCGUUGAGAGAUGUGGCGAGAGAGAGAUCGAGCGGUGACGGGGGCACGGGCCGUCCGGCUCCGCGACGGGAGGAGAUUGAGAUUUGUCUCCGCUCCUCCCACUUUUCAGUUGCUUCACCGUAGCUCUUGGCUCAUCUCGUGAUUACUCUCUACCACGUCCAUCGCCAAUGCAGGCCAUGCAUGCGUUACGCUCCCGGACGGGUAUAUGCUCCAGGCUGCAGAAUAAACGGGAUGCGUGGAGAUGCCGCGGUCAAUGUGCUCUGACUGAGCGUCACACGCGGUCCACUCUGCCGCCCUAUCUGCACAUCCGCACCAUCCGCACCAUCCGCAUCGCUUCCGCGUCGUUAAACUCGCUUUCAAUCAAGCGAUCAAGCGAUUCCAGCUUAGGCCGCAGCUGCAUGCACGAUAUUCCUCCGCGGCGUGUCUCGCGACAAUAUAGCUCGGGACAAGCAUGCCAGCCACGAGGGAUGUGGCGGUGGACAGCGUUCCACUUGCAGCUUGGAUGUGGCGGAGUGUCGAUCCCCCACUCUAGCCACUCCCUGUGCAAUUCAUGGCUCGAAACGAACCAUGUUUCGAGAGCUGGAUCGCUGGAAUCGGAAUUGGGGCGAUUGGUUGGCCGCUAGACGGCGAGUUCGGGCUUAUGUUGGCAAAGCGAGCUGCGAGGGACUGGUCGCGGACGAUAUCUCGGUGUCGACUUGCGCCGUGGAUACAGGCGUGUGCAUACGUGCGCCCACCAUAGCUGUGUAGAUGCUGCCGCCUGGAGAUCUUAACACAGGGGGCCUCGCUGGCUCCACUCCGAUCCGCAAGUUGGUCUAGCUCGCCAGCGCGCAGCCAUGGCGA